GGAACGAGAGAUCGCUAGCUUAGCUUCUCAAAACAGAUAGACAGAAACUCACUCAGUGAAGGAGAGAAGCGAAGCUUGAGGAUGGCACAAACCAUGGCGUCCAUGACCGGCCUAUCGCAGGGCGUGCGCCUCCCAGGCCCGGCCGGCAGACGCGCCAGCAGGCUCACCGUCAGGGCAUCGGCGGAGGCCGAGACCGCCGGCCGCCGUGCCGUCCUUGGCCUCAUGGCCACCGCCAUCGCUGGCGGAGCGUUCACGCAGCAGGCAGCCCACGCCGGCACCGUCGCCGCCAUCAAGGUUGGCCCGCCGCCGCCGCCAUCCGGUGGACUCCCCGGGACGGAUAACUCGGACGAGGCGAGGGACUUCGACCUGCCCCUAAAGAACCGGUUCUACCUGCAGCCGCUGCCGGCGGCGGAGGCGGCCGCCAGGGCCAAGGAGUCCGCCCAGGACAUCCUCAAAUUGAAGCCACUCAUCGACAGGAAGCAAUGGCCGUACGUCAUGAACGACCUCCGCCUCAGGGCCUCCUACCUGCGCUACGACCUCAAGACCGUCAUCGCCUCCAAGGCCACCAAGGAGGAGAAGAAGAGCCUCAAGGACCUCACCGGCAAGCUCUUCGACACCCUCGACGGGCUUGACCAUGCAGCCAAGAUCAAGAGCCCCUCCGAAGCUGAGAAGUACUUCGGAGAGACCAAGACUGUUCUUGGUGAUGUCCUCGCCAAGCUAGGAUAGAUGGAUCGUCCACAUAAUGGCAUUGUUGCUUUCAGGCCUUUUAUGUUUGUUCAUAUGGAACCGGCAUUGUAACUUCUCUGUUGAUAAUAUGUCAACAAGAACUUAAGGAUGAUUC